CGUUUCUUACAUAAAACACAAUAUUAAUAAUACAACGAGUUAGUAUGCUGAUGACCUCGCAAAAGUUAAAACGAUUGCACGUGUUGUGAUUUAAAAUAUAGACCAAUUCUGUUAAAGAACGAUUUAAAAAUGAAGAUAUUAAUACUCGUGACGAUACUUUUCACAAUAAAAAUGUCUAAUUCCUCUUGUUAUUGGAAUGAAAACUGUCAUUACAAACAAUUUUCAAGUAAAACUCCGUAUGAGUUUGUGAGAGGCGAUAUCAGAGAUUCAGUGGUGAUGAAACCAGGAUGUAAAACGAUUAGUUUAUGGGGAUUAGUGAGACAUGGAAAAAGAAAUCCUGGUGAAAAUUUCGUCUACAAAAUGUUAGAUGCAACUUUAUUAAAAGAUUACAUUAAAACCAGCCAUGAAAAAGGUGACGGUAUCAUGUGCGCACAAGACGUUGAUAAUUUAAGCAAUUGGAUAAUUGAUGAAGACACAUUUCAUAAUGUUCACCAGAUAGCUAAAGAGGGUUAUGAAGAAAUGGCAGGUUUGGGACACAGGUUCAGUGCUGUAUUUAAAGAUUUGCUAAUUAGUACUGAUGAAAAAAAUUAUACUUUACGAUCUGCUUAUGGACAUUGGCUUGAAAACAGUGCUAAAGGAUUUAUCCAAGGCAUAGGAAAUGAAUCACUAGUUAUAGAUAAACCACAUAAAACCUACGAUAUUAUUGCGCCUUAUGAAUCCUGUAACUAUUACAUGAAAGGUGUAAAACAAAAUCCAGAAAUAUACAAAGAACCUACUAAGUAUCAAGAUAUGACUGAAUUCCUCGCAGUAAAAGAGGGAAUUCAAAAGAGAACUGGUAUCAAUUACACACUGACUAAUGAAAAUAUAACAUCAUUGUACGAUUUAUGUCGCUACACUUCUUCUGGGACUCACAAGAAGCUUAGUCCAUGGUGUGCUCUUUUUACAACAGAAGACAUAAAAGUUCUAGAAUACAUUGGAGACUUACGACAUUACUACAGAAACAGUUACGGUACACCAGUUAACAAAAUAUUUGGUCGUAUACCUUUAACUGAUUUAUUAGAAACAUUUAUAAAGGCAAAGAAUGGAAAAGGAAAUCUUUUUACAAUAUAUUUCACGCAUGCCACUAUGAUGGAUAUGGUAUACACAGCACUAGGCCUAUUUAAAGAUGAAGUGCCAUUGACUGCCGAAUUUAGAAAUGAUACGAGGAAAUGGAGAUCAUCUAAAUCAAGUGCUUUUGCUUCGAACUUAAUGGUGACAUUAAAUAGAUGCAUUGAUGGCGAUGAAACCGAUUACAACGUCGUAUUUUAUUUGAACGAGAGACCUUUAGAUUUAAUAUGUAACAAUGGAGAAUGCUCAUGGCGGGAGUUUGAAGAAAUACUAAAACCUUUCGUAAACACUACACUGGACUUUUGUUAAGCUUUAUAAGUGAAAAAAAAGCUAUGAAUGAUGUUUUAAAAUCUAAAUAUCUUUAUCUCUAUUUUAUUGCGUACGUCAUUGGAAUAAAUGCUAGUGAAAAAUA